AUGGGCAUUGGCAACUACUUUAAGGCGGAAAUCCCGCCUCAGAUUCCAGCAGGUCCUCCCCCCAGGAGGCCUAGUCACCGGCCUUCUGUUUCUAUCCAUGCUCCCAUAGAGGAGAAGGUUCCUCCAGCCGCCGUCGUCGAACUAAACUCAACAGUUGGGCCUAAGUUCACUGCUGGCCCUCCCUCCAUUGCACCCUCAACCGGCAGCAGUGGGUUUCUGGAUGAUAUCAAACACGAGGUCAUGGUCAACUACCUUUACCAACAGCAAUGCUCUCAACUUUGGGUUGGUGAUAGCUCUGGUGAAAUUGAGGGUGUUCUUCUGCGCAAGUCACGCGGCCAAUAUAUGGCCUGCCCACCUCAACUAGGACAAUCUCCCUUUGCUAUAGCCUGCACAGCACUCAAUGUUCAAUGUGCUAUGACCGUGAACUCCCGUGUUAUUAAGACAUUUCUCCAAUGGUCUCCUGAUGCAGUGGACGUGCCAUUGAUGAAUGGUCUUCGCGUACAGAUUUUGCCCACCGUCAAUGACCUGCCCCGAGCUCGCAAGCAUCAAUUCGCAGCUUUCAUUGCUUCUGAUGGCCUGCUGAUCGUUUGGGACGAUGACGCCCUAAACUUGAUGGCCCGCGCCAAGAUCAUUGAAUCAGAGCUCAUGGAGCUUGUAUGGAACUCGGGACAGGCGAUAGACGAGGAUGAGAAAGAUUCAUCCACUGAGGUCGAGUACGAGAUUGACGAGGAGAGUGGUGAGAUUAAGCCUGAAAAUCGGCCAAUUCAUCUCCAGAACGCCGUUCUCGUUUCACUCACACUUCUAAUCGUUAUGGCCUCCCUUGGUGCUGCCUGGAGACAGCUCGCCGUCGAGAUUGCUAUUGAUGGCGACUACAAGCGCCUUGGCCUCGUUGCUCUCUUUCCCAUCCAAAUCUUCUUUUCGCUCUUCUUCGCUCAGGUCAUUGUCGGUUGUUUGGCACAGAUCUUCGGUCCCAUCCGUCAACUGACCAUCAACUCCAAAUUCUACUCAGCCCGCCCUCCCAGAAGACUCCAAGGCGCUACACUGCCUCACAUCACCAUCCAAUGCCCUGUCUAUAAGGAAGGUCUAAAUGCGGUCAUUCUUCCUACCGUCAAGUCUAUUAAGCAAGCUAUGUCAACCUAUGAGCUUCAGGGAGGAUCUGCCAAUAUGUUCAUCAACGACGAUGGUCUCCAGCUUGUCAGCCCGGAGGAGCGCGAUGCCCGCAUUGAGUUCUACGCCGAUAACAGCAUUGGGUGGGUCGCACGACCCAAGCAUGGCGAGGAUGGCUUUGUACGAAAGGGCAAGUUCAAGAAGGCUUCAAACAUGAACUUUGGCCUCAUGAUCUCCUGCAAAGUUGAGGAACUCCUACAGCUUAUCAAGCGACCAGCCGAUUGGAGUCAAGCUGAUGAGGCUCUGGCUUAUGAACAGGCUCUUAAGGAUGUUCUUGAGGAGAAUGGUCGUGCCUGGGCUGACGGAAAUAUUCGUGUUGGCGACUAUAUCCUUCUCAUCGAUUCUGAUACACGAGUUCCUACUGAUUGCCUCCUGGACUCCGUUUCUGAGAUGGAACAGUCACCUGACGUUGGUAUUAUGCAAUUCUCUUCUGGUGUUAUGCAAGUCGUACACACUUACUUCGAAAAUGGUAUCACUUUCUUUACUGACCUUAUUUACACUGCAAUUCGUUUCACCGUCUCCAACGGCGAUGUUGCUCCAUUUGUUGGCCACAAUGCCAUCCUGCGCUGGUCUGCUAUCCAGCAAGUUGCUUAUCAAGAUGAAGAUGGAUAUGACAAAUUCUGGUCCGAGAGUCACGUCUCCGAAGACUUUGAUAUGUCCCUCCGUCUACAAUGCAAUGGCUACAUCAUCCGUCUCGCUGCUUGGGCCGGUGACGGCUUCAAAGAGGGUGUGUCUCUGACCGUGUAUGAUGAGCUUGCUCGAUGGGAAAAGUACGCCUAUGGAUGCAAUGAGCUGUUGUUCAACCCCAUCCGCACAUGGUUAUGGCGCGGUCCUUUCACUCCCUUGUUCCGUCGUUUCUGCUUUUCCAACAUUCGAUUUACUUCCAAGAUUACUGUUAUUUCCUACAUCGGCACCUACUAUGCUAUUGGCGCUGCAUGGAUCAUGACUACUGCCAAUUACUUCCUCAUGGGCUGGUUUAAUGGAUACCUCGACAAGUACUACCUUGACUCCUGGCAAGUGUGGUUUUCUAUCAUUCUUGUCUUCAAUGGCCUUGGCAACGUCGCACUUGCCGUUAUGCGAUACCGUUCUGGCGAACGCAGCCUGGGAUAUGCCAUCUACGAGAACUUCAAAUGGACCCUGAUGCUAGCUCUUUUCCUCGGAGGCCUCUCUCUGCAUGUCAGUCAAGCUUUGCUGGCACAUAUGUUUGAGAUUGACAUGAGCUGGGGUUCCACUUCCAAGGAGGCUGAAUUCUCCAAUUUCUUCAUCGAAGUUCCCAAGGUUUUGAAAAAGUUCCGUAUCUCCAUGACUCUGUCUUUACUGGCUAUCAUCGGUCUUGUCAUUAUGGCCACGGCGGACUUUGUUCCUCAUGACUGGCGCAUUAAUGAUUUCGUUGCCAUUCUACCCAUGGCCACUGUAGCUGGAAGUCACCUCCUGUUGCCCUUGGCCCUGAACCCUGCCCUGAUGACCUUCUCUUGGUAA